UACGCAAUAGCUCAGGUUGUCACCGCAGGGAAAUAUACUAGUGAAAAAAUAUUCUGUAUUAGUUCCUAGUUUCGCCUUCACAGUCGGCUCCGAAUGAUAAUCUGACAUUCAUUACAAGGCGUUACCUCCAGAAUAAUUAGCUUCUUAUUCAAUACAGAGACGCUUGCUUUGAAGUUAUGCUGCAGUUUGAAUAUUGUUUUUAUAUUAGUGAUUUUUUAAGAUAGGCUUGCGAGGGCAGCCGUGCACAUGCGUUGAGAAGAUGUCAACGAUCCGGAGUCCGCAAAUCCGUCACCUUGACCCAAGUAUUUAAGGUAUCCCUUGCGCUUGACGCCUUUGAGUCCAUCCAUCUUUCCUAGUCAAAACGGCAAGACGAAUACAUGUGACCGGUGACCUUAUUACCGAAUUUUCUCCCCAUUCCUAAUUUUAACCUCCGCUCUGCUUUUUCGCAACUUAAUUAUUCCCAGCCCUGAACCUGACACCCUCUCAUAAACCUGUCCCCACCCCAUCCCCUUAACCCGGGUCCCGUCGGACCUGCAGCAUUGCCAUGCUGGGCUGUUUGCUGCGUAGGAGCAUGUCUCACAGACUGAGUGUGUUUCUGGUGGUCUUCGGCCUGGCCUGGUGUCUGCUGCUGCUUCACUAUACCAUCACACAACCACGGCGCCAGAGCAGCGCAGAGCUCCGUCAACAGAUCCUCGAGCUCAGUCAUCGCUAUGUCAAAGUCCUUAGCGAGGAGAACCAGAACCCCUCAGGGCCCCAAGGCACAUCUAUGGCAGGAUAUGCUGACUUGAAGAGGACAAUUGCUGUGCUGUUAGAUGAUAUUCUCAACCGUUUGGUAAAGUUGGAAGGGAAAGUGGAGGCCGCUGUGAAUGCCUCCAUACAGAACAUCUCCCAUCCUGCUGCUGGUGCUGGGACUCUUCUUGCUGCCAGAGUCACCGUUUCCAGGUCCACCAAACAAAAUAUGUCUGCUCACCGACCAGACAGACGUACUAACCCUCUGCACUUCCUGCCACAAUCACCGGAAAGAUCACAUAAGCCUCACUCUUUAAUAUAGCAAUGACCAUGGACAUGAUCUGCACCACUGCAGCAAAGACUGAGAUACAGAGAUGAAUAUAUAUAUAUAUAUAUAUAUAUAUAUAUAUAUAUAUAUAUAUAUAUUUAGACUAAAGCAGCUUUUAGACAUCCUUUUUCCGUUGUGCACAUGAGCUUCAGCUUGAUUGUUGUCUUACAUUCAUGAAUCACAAAUAUAUUUUAUAACUUAUGUGCAAUAUGGAAUAUAAGAGAUGAGAGCGUGAUAGGAUGUGUUUUCUAAAAGAAGACUGAUUUUUGAUAUAUGUGCAGACUGCAGACUGAUUUUUGAUAUAUGGAUGAGUGUUUCAUAAUGAAUCCGCAAAGACAUUCUGUACAGCAUUAUCUCCACAGCUCGCUAACGGCGUGUAGCGCACCUGAUGGGAUCCCAGAGCGAAAAAAUGUACACGCGGCACCUUUUAAUUGUUAAGGCUUCUUGUGUUUCAGCGUGUUAGCUGUUGAACUGUGGAGGAAACGAGCUGUUCCAAAGAAUAAUCUCUGAAUAGUUGAUCGAUGGCUGUGUUGCAGGUUGAUUUGUUUAAGGGUGGGGAUAUACCUCAGUUGCUGUUAGCACAUGAAGCUGAAUCCCAGCAAAACUAAACGCAGCAUUAAGCUUUCAGGAGGAACUGUACCAGACGACACGACUCGGUCCGUACAAUAAAACACACAAUACUUGA